UCAUUGCUCAUCGAUUCUCUGGUCAAUAUCAGGAUUUUAGUUCUGGCUGUGAUCCGAGACUAUUAUCAGCCGUUUAUCGCUAUUUCGGGUUAUAUGGCGAAGAGCACGUCCAGGGAGAAGAAAUUGGUUGAACCUCAAGCGGGACAUGCUAUCGAUUUCGACCAGCCUGAGGCCGUCCUUGAAGUCAUAGGAGCAUUCCUCGUAAGACUUGAUUCAUCGAUGGCA